AUGGGUCUCACAACCUUUUACAAGCUGGUGCCAUUCGUGCUAUCCACCCUCAUCGCCAUUCUCCUCAUCGUCGUGCUCGUCGCCGGCUCUUCACCGAGCACCCUUCCCAACCUAUAUCUUUUAAAGGUCAAUACGACAAACCUCCACCUCCCCUCCAAGCUCUCCGAGUCCCGCUACCUCGCCGACCUCUCCAAGGUGACCGGCACCGACCUGACAGGCCAGACCUUUGACGCAGCCACCCUAGGCAUCGCCGAGCUCUACACCAUCCACAUCUUUACCUGCUGCGCCCAGCCCGACCGGUGCACCGCCCCCGUCCUCGGCCCUUCCUUCGACCCCGUGCUCCACCUACGCCUCGGCAUCGGCGCCGUCGACAGCCUCCCCGCCCCGCUCGAGGAUGCCCUGAGCCUGUACAAGCGCGUGUCGCCCAUGCUCGGCACCGUCUUCAUCCUCGCCUUCGUCCUCGUCCUCUCCGCCCCGAGCAUCACCCUCCUCAACCGCCGCGUCUUCAUCGCCGGCUGGCUCGCCAUGUCCCUCGCCGGCCUCAGCGCCGUCCUCCUGCUCAUCGGCUGCAUCGCCGGCCGCGUCACCGCCCAGCGCCUGGUCCAGAGCCUCAACGAGAGCUUUAGCGACGAACUCGGCAUCACCGCCGAGGAGGGCGGUCUCCUCCUCCCCGCCUGGGCCGCCAUCCCCGUCUGCUUCGCCAACACCCUCCUCAUCUUCAUCCGCUCCAAGAAGGAGGACGACGCCCGGACGCGGCUCGUGGACAAGGAAAAGAAGACGAGAGAGUCCUCCGAGGAGCGCGGCGGGCCCGGGGACGACGACCGUUCCAACUCCGACGACGGCAACCACCACCAGUACCCCCGCCACAAUCAUCAUCACCACGCCAGCGGCGGCCUCUUUGACCAAGGCUCCGACCCGCGGCACAGCUCCUUCACGGCCGAGGACAGCACUCAGAUCGAGCAUCCCGCUCCCGUCGUCAGCAGGAGGGCCAGAGGCAGCCUGAGCGAGAACAGGAGCGUGAGGUACCGCGACCCCGACGCUUGGUACGUCAACUAUAGAGGGGUGCAGACGGGGAGAUGA